AAUUCCGUGUUUUCCCCGGGUAGGGAAAUGCUUAAAAUUAAAACAAUAUUUUUCGUAUCAUCUAUCCUGGAUGGCAGGAUUCUGCUGGUCACAGGUCAAUUCAGUUCCUCAGCUGAUAAGCUCAUGCUGGCAUGGCCCACGUCAAUAAUUUUUGACACCAUGACCACAGCAACACUGUUUUGCUCUCAUCGUUCGCGGUCUUGAUCCUAACAGAUCGGGAGAAGAACCUACUCUUCAGGAGAUUCGAUCUGUGGUCAGAUAUGUAACUCACAGUUAAUAAUCCUUAAUAUAGAUUUUGUCCGUGGGGGCCGCUUGCACUAUUCACUAUCGAUUGCUUUUAUAAUUGUGUCUUGUUGAAGAUUGUAUUAACAUUUCGUCCGGUGUGUUCCGAGCUUUCAAAUUUCGAGGGUUUUUUCUAUAUUGGACUAUUAUUUUUAUAUACUUCAAUGGAGCUCGUUAACAGUUAAAAUUACAGCAGUUUACGAGAUCCGUGCUUGCAAUUUAGCAGAGGGAAAAAGAUGGACAGCGCUGUGAAUGUGUAUGUUCCGCCACCAACAACCCCGCAGGUUUCGUGGAAGAGUUACUACAAAUCAGCUUUGUUCUUGGCUUACCAAAGCUUUGGGGUGGUUUAUGGUGAUUUGGGCACAUCUCCACUUUAUGUCUACAAAAGUGUCUUUGAAGGGAAGUUGCAUGGGUAUAUGGAUGAAGAGACAGUAUUUGGGGUCUUUUCAACAAUCUUUUGGACGUUCACUUUGAUUCCUUUAAUUAAGUAUGUUGUCAUUGUUUUGAGUGCAGAUGACAAUGGAGAAGGAGGGACAUUUGCAUUAUAUUCACUUCUUUGUAGACAUGCAAAGCUGAGUAUGCUUCCAAAUCAGCAAGCAGCCGAUGAGGAGGUCUCCACAUAUCAUAAAUUUGGACAGGCAGCUCAGAAUUCAGGAACAUCUACAUUGAAAAAGUUUUUUGAAAAGCAUAAAAAAAUGCGUACAGGUUUACUGAUUGUGGUUUUGGUAGGCACUUGCAUGGUGAUAGGUGAUGGUGUUCUGACACCUGCAAUAUCUGUUCUUUCAUCAGUGUCUGGUCUCCAAGUACGCACUACAAAGCUCAAUGAUAGGGAGGUGGUGUUGAUUUCUUGCAUCAUAUUGGUUGGCCUGUUUGCUCUGCAGCAUUUUGGUACCCAGAAGGUAGCCUUUAUGUUUGCACCUAUUGUGAUCACUUGGCUGUUGUGCAUCAGUGCAGUUGGCAUAUAUAAUGUUGUUCAUUGGAAUCCUAGCAUAUUGCGUGCUUUCUCUCCUUAUUAUGUAUACAAGUUUUUUAGGCGGACUGGUAAAGAUGGUUGGAUUUCUCUUGGAGGGGUACUCCUUUCAAUUACAGGUACAGAAGCCAUGUUUGCAGACCUUGGACACUUCACUCCUUUGUCAAUCCGGAUUGCCUUUGCAGGAUUUGUCUAUCCUUGUUUGAUAUUAUCUUAUUUGGGACAAGCUGCUUUUCUUUCGAAGAAUAAGGUUACCGAAAGUUUUUAUAAAUCUAUCCCUGAGGCUGUUUAUUGGCCUGUGUUUGUGGUAGCUACUCUUGCUGCAAUUGUUGGGAGCCAAGCUGUUAUUUCGGCAACGUUUUCUAUUGUCAAGCAAUGCCAUGCUUUGGGUUGCUUCCCACGUGUUAAAAUUGUUCAUACUUCAAAGCAUAUUAAUGGACAGAUCUACAUACCAGAAAUAAAUUGGAUUCUCAUGAUUCUCUGCUUGGCUGUCACAAUAGGAUUCCGGGAUACCACCAUUAUUGGCAAUGCUUAUGGCAUUGCUGCCAUCACUGUUAUGUUUGUGACAACAUGCCUUAUGACUCUUGUUAUAGUCAUUGUGUGGCAAAAGAAUGUUAUACUGGCUAUAGUUUUUCUUCUGUUUUUUGGAUCCAUUGAAGGAGUUUACUUAUCAGCCUCUUUUACAAAAGUACCUCAGGGAGGUUGGGCUCCUCUUGUUUUGGCAAUGGUAUUUAUGAUUGUCAUGUAUGUAUGGCAUUAUGGUACAAGAAGAAAAUAUAUGUUUGACUUGCAGAACAAAGUUUCUAUGAAGUGGAUUCUCACACUUGGGCCAAGCCUUGGAAUUGUCCGUGUUCCUGGGAUUGGCCUGAUAUAUACUGAACUGGUUACAGGGGUUCCUGCCAUAUUCUCACAUUUUGUAACAAAUCUCCCUGCAUUUCAUCAGGUACUUGUGUUUGUGUGCAUAAAAUCAGUUCCCGUUCCUUAUGUCCCUCAUGAAGAACGCUAUCUUAUUGGCCGCAUUGGCCCAAAAGUAUACCGGAUGUAUAGAUGCAUUGUGAGGUAUGGAUACAAGGAUGUUCAGAAAGAUGAUAAUGAUUUUGAGAAUCGGCUUAUUCUCAGUAUCGCUGAAUUCAUUCAGAUGGAAGCAGAAGGAUCACAAACUUCAAGCUGUGAGUCAUUGGAUGGAAGGAUGGCAGUAAUUAGCACUCCAGUUAGAUCUGCUGUAAGGAUGGUAGUUUCAGAUCUUUCUAGUGAUAUGGUGGGCAGUAUUCCUAGCAGUAAAUCUCCAACUCUACAAUCUCUUCAGUCAAUGUAUGAGAUAGAGUCCCCUCGAUCAGAAAGGCGACGAAGAAUAAGAUUUGAAGUGCCUAGGAAUCCUGCGAUAGAUCCCUCGGUAAUGGAGGAGCUAUCGGAUUUAAUUGAGGCAAAGGAUGCAGGAAUUGCUUACAUAUUAGGUCACUCAUACAUCAAGGCUAGGAAGUCAUCAACAUUUCUAAAGAAAUUCGCAAUUGAUGUAGGGUAUUCAUUUCUUAGAAAGAAUUGCAGGGGUCCUGCUGUAGCCUUGAAUAUUCCACAUAUUAGCCUUAUUGAGGUGGGUAUGAUCUAUUAUGUGUAGAUAUUUUGUGCAACUUAUUCUGUACGCGAGAAUAUUGCAAGAAAUUGUGUUUUCCUCAGUGAGAUGAGAUGCUUUUAAACUUAUGCAUAUGCAAUGGCAGUUUUUGUAUAUUAUGCUUUCAUUUAAAAACAGAUCUCUAAGUAAUUGUGAUUAGAAAGACAUUAAAAUUA